AAUUGACAAUGUUACUGAACUGGGAUAACAGUAAAAUCUAAAUUUGCAUGUCCACAUUUGGGGUCAGUGAACUUUUGUGUUACACUAAUGUUCCACUGCUGAUAGUCAUACUAUGACAGAGUGCAAGAAAAAUGUAUUAUAACAUGUGAAACUACACAUUCCAAGAAAAACUUGAGCCAGUGAUAUGCAUCAGUAGUAUAGUAAAAUACCACAGACUAUCGUAACCCGGACCUUGUGAUCUGUAGCCUAGGUGGACAUUCUAACCACGUCGCUAAAGGGUUAACCCAACAGCAAGGCUGUUGGAAAUGGCCUCGUACCUACAACCACUACACUUCUCUCCUCUCAACCAUUGAAGGACCAGGCAUCAACUUAGUCCAACUAAUUGUACACGGGUCACGAUAUUGUGAUAAUUUUGCACAGGUAAGAACUUUAUAUACAGGAUACACUCAUAGCAGCACAGUGGCGGAAGUGUGGAUAAAGCAGAUGUCCUUCAAUUGGUCUGCUGCUGUAUCCGACGAUGGGAACCAGCUCAGUGGUCAUACAGGGAACCAGAGUGGGGGAAAACGAACAAAGACAUCACAUUACAAUGAUAUACUUCAGAGUUUGCCGGUGACUUCAGGCCAGUCAGUGUCAAACUGGGACAUAGAUGGUGGACUUGCUGCUGAUUUUGAUGGUUCCCUUUCUGGACUCGGUACUGAGCUGGGAUCAACCACAUAUAACAUGAGUGAGGCCCUUCUUGCACUGCCAGUAUUUAAACAAGAGAAUUUAGAUAAUGGGUUCCAGUAUAUAUUGGGUGCAGCAACUUCACCAGCAGUCAAAGUGAAUGAAGAAACUCUUACAUAUUUGAAUCAGGGUCAGUCAUACGAGAUAAAAUUAAAGAAGCUAGGUGAUCUAUCAGACUAUGAAGGUCAAUUUCUAAGGAGCACUGUACGAGUAUGUUUCCAUGAGAGAAGAUUGCAGUAUAUGGAAAAAGAACAACUGGAUUCAUGGGUGUCAACAAGACCUGGAGAGAGGAUUUUAGAUAUUGAUAUUCCAUUGUCAUAUGGUCUUGUGGAUGUUGUUGUUGACCCAAACAGACUGAAUUCCAUAGAUUUUAUCUGGGACCCUACAAAAGAGACGGGAAUUUAUGUAAAGGUGAAUUGCAUCAGCACUGAAUUCACUGCCAAGAAACAUGGUGGAGAGAAGGGUGUGCCAUUUCGGCUGCAGAUUGAAAGCCGGGACUCAGAUAAUGAGUCAUCAAAGUUGGUGCAUUGUGCCUCCUGUCAGAUAAAAGUGUUCAAGCCAAAAGGAGCUGACAGGAAACAUAAAACAGAUCGUGAGAAAAUGGAAAAAAGAACAGGAUCAGAAAAGGAGAAGUACCAGCCUUCAUAUGAGUGCACUGUUCUGACAGAUAUCCCCAUAGACCAGGUCAUACAAGCAAACAGAAAUGGGUUGAACAGUACAGGGUCGUUUGGAAGUCUUGCUCAGGCAUUCAAAGAACAAAGUUCAACACCAACCCAAGUAUAUAAGAAGCAACAGGGGAUGGACCAAUGGAGAUUUCACAGUACUUCAAAUGGAUCUCCUCCAAAGUUCAGUGAAACAAGUCCAAGCAACAUUUCCAGCAACAAGAAAACAAAUAUUUGUCCACCAGUAACUCCUACAUCACAGAUAGAGCCUAUGUCUCCAUAUACCUUGAUGGAAAGUCCUUCACCCAUAGAUGCUCCGCAUAACCUUACAGCCGAGGCAGGUGCUACAGAAGUAAAGUCCUGGCUUCAAUUCAACAGAUUCUCACAAUAUGUUAAUGUUUUUCAAAAUUUCUCAGGUGCAGAUUUAUUAAGACUUACUCGGGAUGAUUUAAUACAGAUAUGUGGUCUUGCUGAUGGUAUUCGAUUGAACAAUGCUUUACAGUCGAGGACUGUUAGACCAAGACUGACAUUGUAUAUGUGCCAGGAACCUGGGACAGUAUAUCAUGCAGUGUACCUAGAACAGCUAACUAGUCAAGAGCUUGUCCAGAAGAUCUCAGAGCUUGUCAAGAUAGAUGCCUACAGAAUCGGCCAAAUUUAUGUUCAGGGUCCCUCAUCCAUACAUAUUCUUCUGUCUGAUGAGGUUGUCAGAAACUUACAGGAACAAUCCAGAUACUGGAUAGAGAUUAUGAAGGAAGAGAAUUCAGAUUUGGUCAAGAUUCUUCUGAAGGGAAUAGAAUGAGAGAUGUAAGAGGAACGUGGCAGUAUUGUGGACAUGGUACAAAUGGCUCUAGCCUUGUCUAAUCAUCUUGUGAUACGUUUUGAUGCACUAACAAGGUUCCAAGUGUUGCAGUGAUGCACAUGUUAUAUAUACAUAUAUGCCUGCUCAAAUGUUGCACAUGUUUAGAAUGUGUUAUAUGAAAUAUACAUUUUCCAGUUGAAGUUUCAGUGAAUGUGUAUUUUGUAGAACUGCCAUGUGUGCUAUAUAUGACGUAAAAAUGUGGUAAUAUUGACAGAUGAACUGGAAAUAUGUUAUCAAAAGACAUAAAUACACAUAUUAUGAUGUAAGAAAGAUAACACUAGGGGGAGCCUCUAAAUGUAUAGAUUAACUGGCAUUUUCUUAAGACAAGCAAAGCACAUACAGCAUGGCCUACUAGCCAAGUCCUUGGAAGCAAAACAAACCAAAAAAAACCUGAUAGGUUGAUAUAAGACAUGGGUGUACAUGUGUAAAAAUCCCACCUAUACAGAAAUCAAUUGCGCAUUUCAGUUUUGCAUGAGCAAAAUAAAUCAUGAAAAGUGUGAGAAAAUCAUGUUUAGCCUAUGAAAUGCUUCAUCCUCUGCCACCCUACAACCAGCUUACUACAGCAAUAAAAGUUGCCUAAAAGUCAACAUAUACUCAUACCAGUUCACGCAUUGUACACAUUACAUACAUGUAUUAUUGCUAAGCCUGAAAUAAAUUUCUUAUAGAACCAUCAUUAUGCAUUAAAGCCACCAAAAUGAUAUUUGCCUGGGCAUCUUUCUUCAAAAAUGAGUUGCACCCAUGUGAAGUAAAUUUUGAGGGUGUGGAAGGGCUAUAUUUGGGUCACUUUGUUCCAUCUGUCUUGACUUCAGCUGUUUUGAAACAUUUUAAGACAUUGACUUUCACACCACUGAAUGCCUUUUCAUGAAUUAAGAAAUAAUUUAUAGCAAAAGAGUGCUUUAACACUAAUUAUGCACGAUGGGUGGUUAUACGUUGGGCGUAAUAAUUGCACGAGGGCGCAGUCCAAGUGAAAUUAGUUGUACGACGUAUUACCGCCCAAGUGUAUUAAUAGUGUUAAAACACUCUUUUGCUAUAAAUUAUUUCGAUUUUAAUAUGCCCUUAAUCUAAAACAGUAGAUAAAAUAUAGAAGCGCUCUUUCUUGGUCGCAACAAGAACUUUGACGUCACCGCAUGUUAACGUGACGUCAUUCUAGCGUAAGAGUGUUUUAACAGAGACAAGCAUAUUAGAAUUGCAUAUAAAGCAGUGCAGUUCUUUAUAGACAAUCACAAUUUUAGCAAGCCUAUAGUGAGGGUAUGAAUCACAUUCAGUGAUGGCACCAGUUUGUUAACAUUCAUUUUCAUAUAAAUGCAGGUUCAAUGUUAUUUAUCAAGAAUUUUUUUUAUAAAAUAGGAUUGGCAGCAUUACAUGUUACAGUAUAGGUACCAGUUGGGUCAUAUCACAUUUUGAUAAAUAUAUAACAUGAGUAAGGACACUUUUAAUGACCCUUUCUGUAUGGUUAAGUGCAUAUGCACCUACACUUAAAUAUAUAAUAUAAAUAACUAUAAUAAGACGCCAUAGUGUAAUGUAACCACACAAUCAAAACAGGUUUAGUUUAACAAUUUGAUUACAAGACCAACGUUUCGGCUUUUACAGAGCCUUUUUCAGGGGGUAACAUAAAUAAUAUAACGUUCUUUAGCUAGAGUAAAAUUGGAAAUACUGCAGUUGAUGAACUUUCACGCAUGAAUUAAGAAAUAAUCUAUAGCAGAACCGUGUUAUAACAUAUUGAAACAAUAUGGUAAGGUUAUACUUGUGUUGAAUUAUUUCAUGAGGGCAUUGCCCAAGUGAAUUAUAAACCCGGUGUAUAACCAAAACGUAUUGUUUAGAUGUUAAUACAUGAUUCUGGUCUAUAUUCUAACUGUUCUAAUAUGUCUUUUGUGUAAACAAGUAGAUGAAAUAGGGGAGCACUAUUUCAUGGUGCAUUUAUGGCGCUAAAUAUAGUGAGUCAAUGUGAUGUCACCAUGUAACAGUGUUUUUAACAGUUAAAAUACAGGAAGUAACACGUUGCGCUCAAUAACUAAGAAGUGUGUAGAUGUUUAAUAAGUUCUAUUUUUACACUUAAUAACCAGUACAGUCUGUUUGAAUUAAGUGUUACACCAUUCUGUUAUAUCAUUUCGAUUCUGAAAUGUCUUUUAUAAAAAAUGGAAGAUCAAAUGUAGAAUCACUCUUUCUCGGCACCUGAAUGGCGCCAAAUAAUGACGAUGUUAUGUCAGAUUUCCAUGUUCUAAUGGAAAUGUGCAUGGAUUUUUCAUAUAUGAAUACGAGAUCAAACACUAAAUGAUAUUCUUACGUCAGUAUGGAAAAUGAAGUCUUAGGUCCUGUCGUAAGUACAUGUGGAUGGAAAACAAUAGAAAUGGAAAUGGUUUUUGCGAUGCUUUCUAUUACAGCAAUUAUUAGUUACUUGUUGUUUUUGUUCACAGUUUAUAAUUCUCAUCUCACCCAAAAGCAUGAAUAAUUUAUAUGCAAUAAAACAGUUUUGACACAUUUAUGAUUAUGAUGUGGAAACAUUUCCUUUAGCCAUGUAAAAAUGUUACCGGUCUUUUUCGAACAUGUAUAUCAUACAAUACACAGAUCAGAUUAUCACAUUUUGAACUUGUACCUCAUUUUAAACAUUAUCACCAACUUUUAAGGUUUAAUGUUAUGUUAAGAUUAUAUAACUGUAAGAUAUUAUAUGUAUAAAAGGGUAUGCCAUAGUUGUAAAUAAUCAGAAAAAAAUGCUAUGUUACUAUGUUAAAUAUUGGGAUAAAUUUGUGACAGAUUUAUUUUUACAGGUAUAAAUGUUGCAAAUGAGAAAAUAGUAUUAAAAUGCCACUAACUUAAAAUGCUUUUUAUUGAUACAGCUAAUGCUUGUAAUAAACUCGCAUCCAGAUUUCAUAUAUAUAUAUAUAAUACAGAACUUGAUCAAAAUGGUUGAAAUGUAUGUAAUUUUGUAAAGUAUGAUUCUAUGAAAUCAGGUAUUUUUGUAAGGCUUAAAAAAAAGUUUGCUGUAUUUGAAAUUAUAGUUUUAUUAUGGUUGCUUGAUUCAGUGUUAAAGGUCUAAAAUUUAGACUUAGACAAAAGAACGUUAAAUUUUCAAUAAUGAAUUUGCCUUGUUUUUAUUUCAAAUAAAUUUAUACAGAUAGAAUUUUGCUAUGCUGACUGUAUAUACCUCUAGAAGGUAUUUUCUUGCAAAAUUUUGUUAGAUUUGUUUCAAAAUUGGCAAUGACAGACAAGAACAAAAAUUUGGUAUUUUAAAGACCGAAUUUUCAGACUUUUAAAAGUCUUUUGAAUAUGAGCCCUGAACAUUACACAGAAAUCUGAUCUGUGCGUUACUUGCAGACCUGUCUGCAUCAUUAUCUACAUUAUGUGGCUUCUGGAAAAGGAAAAGGAUUUCAUAUUAGUUGAAUAAUAGAUUAUUCACUAGAAAAUGGGAAACCACAGAAGCAUAACUGUUAGUUAUUUGCAAGGCAAAAUAUUUUUGUUUCCAUUACGUCAGUCAGUACUGUAUUUCUCUGUGUAUAAAUUACAUUGAUUUACAACUUUCAUCUCGUGCUUUACUUACAAAAAUCACUGGAAAAUAAAAGUUUCUAUGUUUAAAGUGCACCAGGUACUUUUCCUCAGAUUUCAGAGAUUAAAAUCAGUGCAUUAUUCACAGAGAAAAGUAGUAAGACAAAAUUGACCUUUUCACAAAUCAUGAAAAUAUUACCAUGAUAAAUUGACCUUUGAUCUCAUUGAUUUUGGUCUUCAUAAUGGUAGGUGGGAUCUUUUUAACAUUUGUAUAUGGAUAAGCAUUACUUCUUGUUUAUUAUUUAGUGAUAAUAUUGCUGUUUUGUACUAUUAGAUAAUGUAAAAAUUGUACAUUUGUCUUUAUUGUAAAAUGUUUUUUAAAAAUGAUGAAGAAAUCUUA